AACAUUUAUGAAUUAUUUUAUUCAACAGUAAAUUAAAAGAGAGCGCCCGCAGGAACCAACCCUCGCCCUCGGCACUUUCUGUCGGAGGACUUCCGCCUUCCAGCAGGACGGCGCUCCUCCCUGCGUCACCUUUCCUUUAAAAGAUGUGGUCCGAAGCACCGCCCACUACGGAGGACGAAGGGGGCUCCCCGCGGGGGCUAUUCCCCGGCUUCUUCCGCCAGACCUUACCAAUCGCCGGCCGGGCAUAGCUGGCAUUCUCCUCUAACGAAGAGCUUUUCUUCACCAACUGGGGAUGAUUGCUGUUUAGAGUUCUUCCUAAAAAGUGUCUCAGCUGUUUAAAAUCCAGUCUGCUCCUGUUCUAGAGCCUUGACCACACCUACAGCUGGAGGCUCCUGGCAGGAUGGCUGCUCUUCUUCUAAAGAGGCUAACGUUACAGACCGUAAAGACUGAAAAUAAUUGCCUAAGAAGGUGUCUUGGUAAAUACAUCCUGCACGAGACCCUAGCAGCACGGCUGUCCGUCGGCGCUUCGGUCCCCAGACCGUCCCACCUGAUUCACGCAAAAGCUUUCGGUACUGUUGCGGACACCCAGGACGAAAGAAAGAAGAAGAGAAAGAGUGCACCAGCUUUUGGCAACAUCGGCAGAAAAAUUCACGAGCGAGUCAUUCACGUGCUAGAUGAGGCGGGCAAUGACUUGGGAAACAUGCACCGAGCAGACGUGAUCAGGCUCAUGAACGAGCGGGACCUGAAGCUCGUUAAGCGCGACAGUGGCGCCGAGCCCCCGCAGUACCAGCUCCUGACGGGGGCGCAGAUUCACAAGGAGCAGCUGAGACUGCGGGAGCUGGAAAAGGCCCACCCCAAACCUGGACCUGCCCUGACAAAGGAGCUCAGUUUUUCUUCAAAUAUUGGACAACAUGAUUUGGACACAAAGAGUAAACAGAUUCAGCAGUGGAUUGGGAAAAAAUACAGAGUUCAGAUUACCAUAAAGAAAGGGAAGAACACAGAGGAACCAGAACAUAAGAUGGAGGCGAUCUGUAAUCAGAUACUUCAGACUAUGCCUGGAAUAGCUACCUUCUCAUCCCGGCCACAAGCUGUUCGGGGUGGAAAAGCUGUCAUGUGUGUUCUUCGUCAUUUGAGCAAAAAGGAAGAGAAUGCGUAUAGAGAAACUCAAGGAACCCAGAAAGGAGACACUUUGAACACGGAAAAUCGAAACAAUCAAGAAUCAGAUGUUGUGCAUCAGUGAUUUUAAUAAAGAAAAACGUGCUUCUGGGAGGAAAUAA